GAUGCCUAUAGAUACUUGUCAGAAUAUAUCCUGUCAGAAUGGCGGAACUUGUCAAACUGGAGUUGAUAAUCAGUUGUUUAAAUGCCAGUGUCCUCCCGGCUACAACGGUAGUCUUUGUGAAAUAGAUAAUGGUACAACUGUCACAAAAACCGUAAAGAUCAAUUAUUCUCCAACACCUUUAGGUGUUGGCGUUGGAACCUGGCAAACCGAGAGGUUAUGUCCAACAGCCUAUUAUUUAAUCGGAUUAAAGUUAAAUUCUGAAGCAAUAGUAAGUUACACAGAUCUUAGCGGGAUCAAUCAGAUAACUUUUACGUGUAAAAGACCGUACGAUGGUGAUGAAAAAGUAUUCAAUACCUAUAGUGGAGGUAGUUGCGAAGCGCAAGGUACAACUUAUUCUUCGUCUUUAUGUUCAAGCGGCAAGUAUUUAGCAAACUUUAAAGUGGCUGUUAACACUAAAAGCUACUCUGAUGAAACUGGGUUGGAGUCAAUAGCUUUUAAAUGUAAAACUCCAAUAGAAAACGGCGCUAGUGGAAAUUGGAUUAUAGCAUCAGGCAGUUGGAAUGUAGCACAGUCAUUAGAGCCUUGGCACUAUUCAGAUGGCCAAUGCUCAACUAAUGAAGUUGGUUGCGGAUUUCGAGUUAAGGCAGAAAUGUGUCAAUCUUCAGAUGAUGCCGGUAUUCUUGACAUUGAGCUUAAAUGCUGUGCUAUAUAG